GCCGGUGUUGCAUAUUGAAGGACGCUGCGCCGAACAGAUUCCUCGAAGAAACUGUGUGACAGUCUUCAACUCAAUCGUCAAAAGAAGGAGGACAUCCUUUUUUUAUUUUUAUUUUUUAAAAGUUUUUUAAAAUUAUUUUUAGAGGUCAAUUCACUGCCAAUCCCACACCUGAGAAUCAGAACGAAAGUCAACCCUCAAUUUCCCCCUUCCCCUGCCCUGAGCUUGGACCAGCAUGGCAGAUGACCGACAGCCAGAAGACGGUGCCGCUCAGUGGGACGCUUCGGGGGCACAGCCGCCCGCUGGUACCCAUGGGGCAAAUGGUUUCUCAUCUUCCUCGUACAGGACAUGCCAGACUGGUGGAACACACGCGACCUCUCCCCCCUUUUCUGCAAGAGAAAACGGGUUCAAUGGGGAGUUAACUGGUGCUCAUGCUAUAACUGCAGAGCAAGUCUCUGCAAGAAUCGUGCAAGAAGUGACUGCCGAGGCAGUGGCGGUUCUAAAGGGGGAACAGGAGAGUCAAAGGCUGCCAUCAGUUGAAGACACCACCAAUUUACCUCCAUCGCCGCCUCCCUCACCUGCCGCAGAACAGUUUGGUCCUCUUGAGCAAGAUGUAGGGGAUGAGGAGGAGGCAGGCCCUCUCCGCCGCUUCCAAAAUUCACGGGAGAGGUGCAAGUUCCUCGCCCCCUCCAUCUCAGUUUCUGUGCCUGAGGACGACCCCUACCACUCCGACGAGGAGUACUAUGAGCACCCCUUGUUCAGCCCAGAGUGGACGCACUCGGGCGCCCGCCCCACGGGGCAGGCUGUGGCCUUUAGACAAAUUGAAGAAGAGACCAUGGAGGCUCUUACAGCUGAAUACGAGGAGGAGGUUGAAGAGGAUGAUGAUGUUGAGGAGGAGGAAGAGGAGGAGGAGAGUGCAGAGGCAGCUCUUGAUGAGCAACAAUGGAGUGGGGAAGAGUCUGACCUGGACAUCCCCGAAGCAGAACUUUUAGAGAAGGGAGAGAACGUAGACAAGGCCCAGGCUGAGGCAAAUAGUGCGCCUUCAGAAAGCUCUAUGGACAAAGAGGAAGUAGAGGGUGAUGAGAGCCCUGAGACAGCUGUGAAGAUGGACUCGGAGAAACCUGGAAGUGAGAAAAGUGGUUCCAUGAGUCCAGACAGCAUUGGGUCCGAGAAACGUCCAGAGGAAUUUUCGGAGCAUCAGACCCAAGGAUUCUUUGCCGGAGAACGAAUCGUACCAGAGAGCCCCACCGCGGAUUUGCCCAGUUUUGCGCAUUCGAAUGUUCACGUCCAAGCCAAAGAAUCUGCAAAGCCAAUCACUCUUCAGCCCCUUUAUGGUGAGCCACUCACAGUUUCAGAGAAGCAGCCAUCUGUGGAGGUAGUAGAGUUCAGCAGCCUCGGCUCCCCUUCUAAUUUCUCUUCAAUGGGAGUCAGUGUCGAAGGUGGAAACUUGACAGGUGAUGCAAUGUCAGCAUAUUUUGAAACAUCAGCCACUGAUCUGCAUGUGUCACCUCAGGGUAAAGGUGAGGGUUAUUAUGAACUAAGCAGAGUCAGUGAAGAAAUGAAUACAGCUGAUUCCAAGACUCAGAAACCUAGUUCGACAGUACAAGAGUGUAGUGAAAGGCAAAAUGUCGACACUCCAAAUUUUUCAGUUUCUGAAAGGAGUAAUGAUUGCAAGCUUUCUCCGGGUAAACUGGCCUUGGAGCAAAGGAGCUACUCACUAAAUAUUACCAUUGGAGCAAUGGCUCAAGGUGGCCAAGAGAAAAUGAGAAACUUUUCUCCAUUGGCCACUGAUAUCCUGACAUACACUAGUGGAAGUCUCGAUGAGUCAGCAGAUUACCUCCCAAUCACAACCCCCUCUGGAGAAAAGCCACCUCCCUUCCCUCCACUAAUCCUGGAGACAGCAGCUUCAAUCGCUUCUGAUUCAUCAUCUCCUCCAAGGACUGCUGAAGGCAUUUCAGACCCCAGCCCUGAACCAGAGUCCCCUAAGUCCCCCGUGUCACCCCAGCCAUGCGAGAGCAGCCCGAAGAAUGAACCAGUCAUGGCUCAGGACUUGCCUGAGAUGUUAGAUCUUGCGGAGUCCCGCUCGAGGUUGUCCUCUGAAAACACUGACCCAGAGAUUGUGAGGAGAAAGUCAUUUCAGGGCUUCCCUGAUGACAUGCUGUCUAGCUUUGCCACAGGUGAGCAAAGCCCUGGACUCAAAAAGAGUGACAGUCAGCUGGAAGAAAUGGGCUAUUGUGUAUUCAGUGAAUACUCAGGCCCUAUGCCGUCUCCUGCUGACGUGAUUAGCCCAACAAACACUUCUACACAAGUCUUCACUCCUGCUGAUCUUGAGGAGAAAGUUGCCGCGCAAGCCAGGAAAUUAGCAGUUCGAGACGCAUCGGUGGAAGACACGAACCAGACUGUAGGCUUGGAUAUCAGUGAAGAAAAGGAAAAGAGUGAAGCAGAAAGAAAAGAUUCAUCCGAAGAAUGUCAAAAGAAUAUCAAUGACCAGCUGAUUACAUCUGUGAGCGAACAGUUAAAAUCACCCAGCCUGCCAGGGGAGACAUUUGUGACACCCACUGUCACUGUGACUUUAGAAGAAGGAGGGAGGUCAGGUAGCGAGACAGAUCAACAAGCCAGUGGUGAAGGCUCUGCCUCUGAAAGUGAGAUUGCUGACUACGAAAGGCAAAUUCGUAAACUGGAGAUGGAGGACAGGCCUCUCAGUUUGGAAGAAGAACGAGAGUUGCAGGAGCUUCGGGAGAAGGUAAAGCUAGUACACCAGGAGGCGUACGAAGAGGUGGACGCUGAAGAUGUCUACCAGUUAACUGGGGUGGCCAAGGAUCGCAUUGCCAGGCCUGUCAAAACAUCACCCACUUCCUCAGUGGAAAGCAAUAUUGAUGAUGAUAAACUACUUUCGCCAGUGCUCUCACCAUCCAAACUUAAACAAAAAGAACUUUACGGUUCCCCCAAAAGAGCUGUGUCACCAGUGCUAGGAGUAAACAAAGAAGCUAAAGAAGAAUUAGAUAAAAAAGUGAAAGAACCUAAUGAAAAAGAAGCUGAGGAGAAGAAAGAGGUUGAGAAAGAGGAGACCGAGAAGAAAGCUAGAGAGGAGACGGAAAAGAAACUGAAUGAAAAGAAAGAAAGAGAGGAGAAGGAAAAGAGGGAAAAGGAAGAAGCAGAGAGGAUUCAAAGGGACGAAAAAGAAAAAGAAGAAAGUAGGGCUAAAGAAAAGGAAGAGAAGGAGAGGAUUGAGAAAGAAAUGAAAGAGAAGGAAAGGGAAAUGAGAGAAAAAGAAGAAGCAGAGAGAAUAGAGAAGGAAAAGAAAGAAAGAGAGGAAAAGGAAAUGAGAGAAAGAGAAGAGGCAGAAAGAAUGGAGAAGGAAAAGAAAGAAAGAGAAGAAAAGGAAAUGAGACAAAGGGAAGAGGCAGAAAGAAUGGAGAAGGAAAAGAAAGAAAGAGAAGAAAAGGAAAUGAGACAAAGGGAAGAGGCAGAAAGAAUGGAGAAGGAAAAGAAAGAAAAAGAAGAAAAGGAAAUGAGAGAAAGAGAAGAGGCAGAAAGAAUGGAGAAAGAAAGGAAAGAAAAAGAGAAGGAAAUAAGAGAAAGGGAAGAGGCAGCAAAAAUAGACAAAGAAAGGAAAGAAAAAGAGGAAAGGGAUCUGAAAGAAAAGGAAGAGGCAGAGAGAAUGGAGAAAGAAAGGAAAGAAAAGGAGGAACGAGAAAUGAGGGAGAGGGAAGAGGCUGAGAGGAUGGAGAAAGAAAAGAAAGAAAAAGAGGAGAGGGAAAUGAGAGAAAUGGCAGAGAAAAUAGAGAAAGAAAGGAAAGAAAAAGAGGAGAGGGAAAUGAGAGAAAUGGCAGAGAAAAUAGAGAAAGAAAGGAAAGAAAAAGAGGAAAGUGAAAUGAGAGCAAGGGAACAGGCAGAGAAAAUUGAGAAAGAAAGAAAAGAAAAACAGGAGAGGGAGAUGAGCCAACAGAAAGAAGCAGAAAGGAUUGAGCAAGAAAGGAAAGAAAAAGAAGAGCAGGAGAUGAGGGAAAGGGAAGAGGCAGAGAAGACUGAAAACGAGAGGAAAGGAAAAGUGACAAGUGAAGCGGAGAGAGUGGUGAAAGAAAAGGACGAGCAAGAAAAUUCAGAGGAAGCAAGGAAAGAAGAAAAGGAAAGAGAGGACAAAAAGUUAAAGGAGACGCAAAAUGUUGAAGAGGCAAAGCUUAAACUUGUCGAGAAAGAGCAAAAGGAAGAAGAGUUAGCUGCUGGAUCAGUUGCGGUAAAGGAGAUGGUUGAGACUCGUGCUGCCAUCGAAUCCGUGGUUAUGGUGGAAGACGACUUCAUCACUGUGGUCCAAACCAUUGAUGAAACCGAUGAACCAGGACACAGUGUUCGGUUCUCUGCUCCCCCUGAAGCCUUGUGCAUACCUGGUGGGGAAGAGCAAGAAGAAGAGGAGGACGAGGAAGAAGAGGGUGAUGAAGAAGAGUCUGUGGAGUUAGCCCAGGAGGCAGACAUUGAGCCUGGCAGUUUUGAGGAGGUUUGCGACAUUCCUGAGACUCCUGCAUCUCCUCAGAGAGAAGCUCCAAACAUCGAAACAGAAGAGCCAACUGAGAGUUUUGACAGAGAUGAAACCACCAUGGAUGACUCCAUCCUGGACAGCUCUUGGGUGGACACACAUGCAGAUGAUGAUAAGAGCAUGGCUACAGAGCAUAUACAACCCUUGCCAAAGGUGCCUAGCCCUGUGAAAACGUCCACUGUGGUCCCAAAUAAGCAGACGCAGCAGAAGAGAACAGAGAAGCAUGAAAAGCCAGUCAAGCCUAAAACGAAGGGCGGGCGGGUCAAAGGCAGACUCUCCACUCCAGAACGCAAACCGCUGCAUAAGGAACCAGUUUACAUCCCUCGAGAAAAGAAAAAAGCUGUGAUAAAGAAAACCGAGUGCACCAAAAAAAUGGAAGCUCAAACUCUUUCCCCAUCCAAGAGGAUUGGACCGAAACAAGUUGUCCGGCAAACCCGCCCCACCCAACAUCAUUCCUGUCCUAGAAGGAGACCCACAGAGACAGUUUCUGACAAUCGUCAGCCUCUCACAGUUGCAAGACGGUCCUGUGACAGAGCAAUGGGCCUCAUUUGUGUACCAUUUCAGUGCCAUGCUCAGCAUUUUGCCCUAACAAAGCCACACACCUUCAUGUCCACAAUGGUUACCUCAUUAGAUGGACCACGUCCGCCCACAACAUCAGUAUUUACAACCCUCAAAGCCAAGGAUGGUCGAUCACAAAGCCCUCAUAAGAGAUCUUCAAUGCCACGGCAAGCCUCCUCUCUUACUCGCCGUGCAUACCAUGAACAUGAAGACAGUUCAACCUCCAUUACCAGCUCUGGUUCAACAGCGCCACGUAGACCCACAGCCUGCCGUGCUGUAAUGAGGGCAGAACACAGGACAGGUCGAGCUCCCAGUAUGACAGUUUCAGAGCCACUACGCUCCCGCUCAGCCCGCAGUGGUCACUCCACGCCACGUACCCCUGGCUCAAGCGCCAUGACCCCCGGGACCCCUCCCAGCUGCUCAUCAUCCUCAAGGACCCCGGGAACCCCUCGCUCCCUCAGCUUGAUGUCCCAUGAGAGGAGGGUGGCUGUGACCCGCACGCCGCCCAAAUCCCCCGCCACCACUCCUAAGCAGCUUCGAGUUAUCAACCAACCUCUACCUGACUUCAAGAAGGUCCGGUCCAAGGUCGGCUCCAUAGACAACAUCAAGUACCAGCCAAAAGGGGGACAGACCCACAAAGAGCAAAUAAUGGCAGCUGAGGUCAAUCACAAGGCCUCGUCCUGGAUCUGGAACUCAGUGCUUCGCGUCAUCUCCUUUACUUUGUGUCUGUCAGCGGCUCACAGUAUGACCUGGACCCAAGGCCUGCUGAAUCAAAUUUUAAACCAGAAGCUGGACUUCAGGUACAUACAAUCAAAAUGCUGCUCCAAGGAUAAUCUGAAGCAACCUCCCAGUGGAGGCAACGUUCUCAUCCCCAGUGUUAAGCUGAACUAUAGCCAUGUUCAGUCUAGGUGUGGGUCGUUGGACAGGAGGGGCUACUCAGCAGGAGGUGGCAAUGUACAUAUACAAAACAAGAAGAUUGAUCUGAGUCAUGUGACCUCGAAGUGUGGCUCUCUAGACAACAUUCAUCAUCGCCCAGGGGGUGGUAAUGUACGUAUUGAGAGUGUGAAGUUGGAUUUCAAAGACAAAGCCCAAGCCAAAGUGGGAUCAUUGGAUAAUGCUCACCACACUCCAGGAGGAGGACGUGUUACAAUUGAGAGCCACAGACUGACGUUCCGGGACCACGCCAAGGCCAGAGUGGACCACGGAGCAGACAUCAUCGUCCGGUCGCCGGGCCGUUCUCGUUCCAUGUCCCCGCACCGCCAGAGGGACAGCCACCUUUCGUCGUCCGGCAGUCUCAACAUGUUGGAGUCGCCGCAGUUAGCCACCUUAGCUGAGGACGUCACUGCCGCUCUGGCCAAGCAGGGUUUGUGAACAUGCAUCACCGAUGCUCUUAUCGCAAGCCUGUUCAGCAUCCACCCACUCACCGCCUUGAGGCACACUCGGGGUGAUCACGACUUUGCUUCAUAUCUCUGUCUCUCAAAGACUCCUAAACUUUGACCCUCUUUAUAUCUGUCUGUUUUCAUCCCUGAUAAGCACUACUUUCCCUAAUUUUACCCUCUCCUUUUGAAUGUUGCAUAGAAUAGUUCACCUUUAGUGCUAAAUGGAAUUACCUUUACAUACAAAUGGAGGGUGGGGGGGAGCCACGUAAUGGCCUUACUGAUACUGGGUCUGCAUUUUAACACUUUCUGUACCAAUGAUAAUGACAGACGUCCAAUCGGACCUGCAACAUGCGGCUCCAGAGCCACAUUUGGCUCUCUCAGCCUUCUGCUGUGAAUUUAAAUUAUUUCAUCACUGAUAUACAGUGGGGCAAAUAAGUAUUUAGUCAACCACCAAUUGUGCAAGCUCUCCUACUUGAAAAG